AUGUGUUCCAACGAAAUUUUAGCAAAGUCGGUUAAAGGACCCGAUGGCGCGUUGGACAUAACGCUCUUAAAAAGAGCUGAAUUAUUAAUUUGGAAGUUCGUUCAAGACAAGUGUUUCCAUUCGGAAAUAAAACGCUUGAAAGCAGGCAAAAGCGUUGAAAGAAGUUCACGCUUAAGUAAAUUAUCUAUGGAAAUAGGAGAAGAUAACUUACUCCGUUUAAAUGGGCGUUUACCUUUCAAGUCUAAUUUGACUGAGGAAAGUAGAAAACCUGUCGUAUUAGACGGUAAACACGAAAUCGUUAAAAUGAUGAUUAGAGAAGUUCAUCAUUAUUUUGGACACGCCAAUCACCAGAUGGUGAUGAAUGAGGUGAACCAAAAAUUUUAUGUCUUGAACUUGCGUAACGUAGUACGAAGUGUGUCACAUCACUGUCAGUGGUGCAGGACAUACAGGUCAAAGCCGCAGAACGUGCCACAAGGAAAUCUUCCUCUGGAGAGAAUAGCUCAUCAUGAACCACCUUUUACAUGCUCAGCCGUAGAUUAUUUCGGACCUAUGAGUGUGACUAUAGGAAGGCGACACGAAAAAUGUUGGGGUGUUUUAUUCACGUGUCUGACCACCAGAGCAGUACAUCUGGAAUUAGCAGCCUCAUUGACACCAGCGUCAAUGAUAAUGGCGUUGAGGCGAUUUAUCGCCAGAAGAGGAAAACCAGCCGUUAUAUACAGCGAUAACGGGACGAAUUUCAAAGCUGCACAUAAAGAAUUAUUGCAAGCAUGCGAAGAGUGCUAUGAGGGCAUGAAAAACGAGUCAUUUAGAAAAUAUAUGAAAUGGAAAUUUAUACCUCGGGGAACACCGCACAUGGGUGGCGCUUGGGAAAGGUUAGUAAGAUCGAUUAAAAUUGCGUUGACCGCUACGCUCAAAGAAAGGAGCCCGCGAGAGGAGGUUCUGCAUACGUUGCUUUUAGAAGCAGAGCAUACUGUAAAUUCCAGACCUCUGGUAACAUUCAGUAUGGAUAGUCCUGAAGAGGGUUUGACACCCAAUAAUUUUCUACUCGGACGCUCAUGUGGUGAUCGACCACCUGGAUUAUUUUUAGAGCAACAUCUGACGGGUCAACUCAAUUGGAAAUCCGCCCAGAGGUUAGCCGACCAUUUUUGGACGAGAUAG